UCAGUACAAUCUACUCUCUCACAAGUUUACGACAACUGUUGAAUCGCUAUCUAAAAAACUCGUCAUAAGCCCAAUUCUACGCUCACGCGUAUAGUUCUUCGAGUCAAUAAACAGACGAUAAAUUCGUGGUGGCGCCGAUAUUGUCGGUAUACCUCGUACUCGAAUGUCGAUAAAAAUAUACACCGAAAUUAAACGGGUACAUAACUAUAAAUAAACACUCAACAACCGAAUAAUAAAUAUUGUAAAAUAGUAGUAUGUCGUGCAUCACAAUGAAAAUCGUCUUGCUACUCGUAUCCAGCUUUUGGAUAACGUGUGACGCAAAUUUAAAAUUGCAUAAAAUCAUCGCGCACGUGAACAACGCAAACGCAACAUGGCAGGCCGGAAUAAACAGUUUUCAUACAAACGACCACAAAAAGUUAGUGGGAACUUUUUAUCAUCCCGAGGUGGGUGAUUUGGACCACGAGAUCUUUGAAGGCGGUGCAGUCAAGGGUGGCGAUUGUGACAACGAUGGUGAUGGUGACGCAAACGAAAUACCUGAGAGUUUUGAUGCCCGAUACCAUUGGUUCGAUUGCAUUUCCAUCUCACACGUCUGGAAUCAAGGCAAUUGUGCAGCAGAUUGGGCCAUUUCUGUGACUUCGGCGAUGAACGAUCGCAUAUGUAUCGCAUCCGGGGGAAACAUUACUGCACUUUAUUCACCACAAAAAUUGGUUUCCUGUUGCGAAGAUUGUGGUAAUGGAUGCAGCGGAGGAUAUACUGCAGCCGCUUGGAAAUAUAUACUAAAAAAAGGAAUCGUUACUGGUGGCGACUACGGAAGCAAUGAGGGCUGUCAACCGUGGCUGGUGCAACCAUGCAACGCAUCCACAACGUCUGCUGAUCCGAACUCGAUGCUCGGGCCACAUGGCGUGUGCGGUGGUGACCCAGUAGCCACUCCGAAAUGUGAUUUGACAUGUUAUAAUGCACAACAUAAGGGCAAGUACUUGGAUGAAAUUAUCAAAGCCAAAAAAGUUUUUACGUUCGACGGAUGUGCAGCGAGGAAAAAUCUGAGAAAACACGGACCAUACGUAGUCACGAUGCGAGUUUACGAAGAUUUCCUCGCUUAUAAAUCUGGUGUUUACCAUCAUGUCACCGGUGAUUAUUUGGGACUAUUGUCAGUUAAGAUGAUCGGUUGGGGUAUACAAGGAGGAGAAGGGUACUGGCUGUUGGCUAAUUCAUGGGGAACUUCUUGGGGCGAGAACGGAUUUUUCAAAAUCAGACGCUUUGUAAACGAAUGUUGGAUUGAGAAUUUUAGAUACGCUGCCAUACCAAAAUUGUGAUGUUAAACCAAUAUAUCAAUUUAUUUAUGUCCUUAAGAUUAAUUUUAGCAUAUUAAUUAAAUUUUUGGCGAAAUUUUAAAGUCAAAAGGUAAGUGAAAAUCUUUGCAACUCAUCUUUUAUGCCACCACUGAGUAUGAUUUACUUAUAUAAGUGUUAUUGAAUUAAAAAAUAUCGACUUUAGUUAUUUUUUUAGAUUUUGAUUGGAAUGAUAAAUGUAUUGAUUUUACAAUA